AUGAUACAGAGAAUUCAGCUUCAAAUGAUCGUUUAUGGUGUGAAGAAAGCAGAUCCUUUCAUAGCAUUUCAUCUUGACAAGGCACUAGUGAGAAAGUACAUGAGCCCACUCUUAAUUGGGGAACUGGCACCAGAUCAACCCAGCUUUGAGCCCAGCAAGAAUAAAAAACUGGUAGAAGAUUUCCGCGAACUCCGUGCAACAGUUGAGAAAAUGGGACUUCUCAACCCCAACCGCACCUUUUUCAUCCUGUAUCUCUGUCACAUCUUGGUGUUGGAUGUUGCAGCCUGGCUCACCAUCUGGUAUUUUGGAGCAUCCACAGUGCCUUUCCUCUUCUCUGCAGUUCUUCUAGGUACUGUCCAGGCCCAGGCUGGCUGGCUCCAGCAUGAUUUUGGACACCUUUCAGUCUUUAGCAAGUCCAGGUGGAACCACUGGGUGCACAAGUUUGUGAUCGGCCAUCUGAAGGGAGCACCAGCUAGCUGGUGGAAUCACCUCCACUUCCAACACCACGCUAAACCCAACUGCUUCCGAAAGGACCCUGACGUUAACAUGCACCCCUUAUUUUUUGCUUUGGGAAAAACACUCUCUGUAGAGCUUGGUGUACAAAAGAAGAAAUUCAUGCCUUAUAACCACCAGCACAAGUACUUCUUCAUCAUCGGUCCCCCAGCUCUGGUGCCUCUUUACUUCCAGUGGUACAUAUUCUACUUCGUGGUACAGAGGAAACAGUGGGUGGACCUGGCCUGGAUGCUGACCUUCUACAUCCGAUUCUUUCUCACCUACUUGCCCUUACUGGGGGUGAAGGGUAUCCUGGGGCUUCAUUUGUUAGUCAGGUUUAUAGAGAGUAACUGGUUUGUCUGGAUUACACAAAUGAAUCACAUCCCGAUGCACAUCGAUUAUGAUAAGAAUGUGGACUGGUUCUCUACCCAGCUCCAGGCAACCUGUAAUGUUCAUCAGUCCUUAUUCAAUGACUGGUUUAGUGGACAUCUGAACUUCCAAAUCGAGCACCACCUUUUUCCUACAAUGCCUCGACACAACUACUGGAAGGUGGCCCCUUUGGUGAAGUCCCUGUGUGCCAAACAUGGUAUUGAGUACCAGUGCAAGCCAUUGCUCACCGCCUUUGCGGACAUAGUGCACUCUUUGAAAGAUUCAGGGGACCUUUGGCUUGAUGCCUAUCUACAUAAAUAAGCAGCAGUGGAUCCUUACAGAGGAGUUCCCCACCCUUGUUGCCUCCUGUGGUGGUCACCAUGAAGAUACUGCACAGAGGAGAGAGAGCUGGCUAAGCCAGAGGUGGGGAAGUGGCGCAGCUUAAUUCCAUUGAUGAAUGCUACUAAUACGAUUUUUAAAAAGAUGUGUUCUUAAUUCUUCUUGUGCUUCUUUCAUUCCUCUUCUCUGGUGCUGAGUUAUGGGGAAAAGCUGAAUGGAGGAGGU